CAAAUUUAUCAUUUUUGACAUCUCUCCGCCUCAACGAUUGUGGGUUGUUUGGAAAAUUUCCGGCAAGAAUUUUUGAGUUGCAAGACCUUGAAACUCUUGAUUUUUCUUCUAAUCAACUAACUGGGCCAAUCCCAUCUUGCCUGGGUAAUCUUAGCAGGCUAGCUUACAUAGAUCUUUUCGAAAAUAGUCUGCAUGGUACAGUGGAGAUUCUUAAGCUAGAAAAUGUCACCCAUCUCCAACUUGGUGGUAACAAACUGGAAGUGCUCACUGAAUCUAGAACUAUGAAUGCAACUCUUCCCAAGUUUAGGGUUCUCGGGUUGAGUUCUUGCAACAUAAAAGAGUUCCCACAAUUCCUAAGACAUGAACAAAACUUGUUAUGGUUGGACCUUUCUAGAAACAACUUGUCUGGCCAAGUGCCGAAAUGGAUGUUGAACAUAAGCACAGAAACUUUGGAGUAUCUGGACCUUUCUGUAAACUCCCUUACCGGCUUUGGUCAACCUUCGCCUGUUGUCCUUCCCUGGGUCAACCUACAAGUUUUACGACUCUAUCUUAACAUGCUACAAGGACCACUACCGAUACCUCAACCAAGCAUCUUAUACUACACAAUUUUUGACAACAAGGUAACUGGAGAGAUUUCACCAUUGAUUUGUAAUCUGAGUGCUCUUCAGUUUCUUGGUUUGUCAAAUAACAAGUUGAGUGGCAUGCUUCCUCAGUGUCUUGGAGACUUCAGCGAUGAUCUACGAGUUUUAAGUAUUCAGAAUAAUUCUUUUCAUGGCGUUCUUCCUCAAGCAUACACCAACACAAGCAAUCUGAGGGUUUUUGAUGUUAGCCUCAACCAAUUGCAGGGGCAGUUGCCAAGGAAAUUGGCGAAUUGUCUGAUGCUUGAAUCUCUUAUUCUAUCAAAAAAUGAAUUCCAUGAUGUUUUCCCCUUUUGGUUGGGGACUCUCCCAAAAUUGAAACUUUUGUCAAUGCACCAUAAUGGGUUCUAUGGUGUGAUUGGGAAACAAAAAAGGAAUCUUCAUUUCCCUGAGUUGCGCAUUCUUGAUCUGUCUCACAAUAAUUUCAGAGGCGAGUUUCCAUCUGAAUACAUCUUUUCUGGAAAUCCCAUGAGAGGUAUCACUCUAGGCCAACCCACAUAUAUGCGCACAAACUCAAGUCUUCCUGUCGGUGGUGCAUCACAGCCUUACUUAUAUGACUUCUCAAUCACAGUAACAAAUAAAGGUGUGGAUAGAUACUACUCGAAGAUUCAAGAAGACUUUGGGGUCGUUGAUAUCUCAAGCAACAAAUUUGAAGGGAAGAUUCCUGAAUUCAUUGGGAACCUAAAGGGCCUUCGCUUGCUCAAUGUUUCCAAUAACAUUCUCACUGGUAGCAUCCCAUCAUUCUUGGCCAACUUAACACUGCUUGAAUCGUUAGACCUUUCACAGAACAAGCUCUCAGGAGAGAUCCCACAACAACUUACGCAGCUUACAUUCCUUGCAAGUUUCAAUGUCUCUCACAAUAAUCUCACAGGUCCUAUACCGUAUAGAGGCCAACUUACUACAUUCGAUGUCACUUCAUAUGAGGGAAACCCAGGAUUGUGUGGAGAUGUGUUGCCAAAGAAAUGUGGAGAUCCUAAUGCUUCUCAACUGCCGCCUUCAACCAAAGAAGAAAACGAUUCAGGCUUUGGAUUUGAACUUAAUUGGAAAUUUGCUUUGGCAGGAUUUGGAAGUGGGUUGGUAGUGGGAGUGGUGCUUGCGGAUGUAGCGAUCUCAAGGAGUCGUGAGUGGUUCCUCGAGAUUGUUGGAAGGAUCAGAUUGAUAAUCAUGAAAAGGAGGAAGAGUAGGGGACCCAGACACUCAAUUUAUUAG